GCCGUUUGGCUGCUCGCCGGUUACCGCCUCCAUUUUUGUGUAUGAUCAGAUCGUUGACCAGAUCUGCAUUGGUUUAUUCUCCACUUUAUCGCCAGAGUUUCUUGUUUUCAGCCCCCAAAUUCACUGCUGCUGAACCAGCAUCGUUUUCAGGGCAAAAAGGUGUUUGGAUCAAGUUGCCUAUUGAGUUGGUCAAUCUUGUGGAACCUGCGGUUAAGGAAGGAUUUUGGUUCCACCAUGCUGAACCAUUAUUUAAUGCUUGUAUAUGGAUUCCUGGAGGGGCUCAUACUCUUCCUUCCAACGCCUCACAUCGAGUGGGUGUCGGUGCAUUUGAUAAUGAAAAGAGAGAGCUGCUAGUUGUCCAAGAAAAUAGUGGGAGAUAUCGGGGGUCAGGUAUGUGGAAGAUUCCUACUGGAGUUGCUGAGCAGGGAGAGGAUAUCUGUAUGGCAGCUGUAAGAGAAGUCAAAGAAGAGACAUCAAUUGAUGCUGAGUUUGUUGAAGUAUUGGCAUUCAGACAAAGCCACAAGGUCCAAACAUACUUUGAGAAAUCGGAUUUAUUCUUUUUGUGCAUUUUGCGACCCCUUUCCUUUGAUGUUAAAAUGCAGCAAACUGAGCUAGAGGCAGCCCAGUGGAUGCCAUUGGAAGAAUAUUUGAAUCAACCUUACGUCCAAAAACAGGAGCUUACAAAGUACAUAAUUGAUAUAGGGUUGGCAAAAAUAGACGGCAGUUACAAUGGAUUUUCUCCCGUGCCAACCACAUCAACCUUCUCUGAUGAAAAGAACUUAUUAUACUUGAAUACUGCAGACCUCAAGCGCAGUAAUAUCUAAGGGGGUGUUUGUCUGAGUUUAUGAAAAUUAACUUAUAAACAAUUGAUUUUAGCUUAUAAGCAUUUGAAAUUUUAAGCAAUUACGUGUUUGGUUAAAGUACUUAUAAGUGACUGAUAAGUAAUUGAAUUAUUUGGCUCUCUACAUUCAGAGA